AAUCUAAAAAAAUAUAUGAAAAGACACAUUCCUUUUGAUUAUACAAAAGAUAACUCAUUAAUCCCUACCUAUACAAGCUAAAAGGGCCUUCCUUAAUAAAAAAUUUAAGCCUUAGUGUCAGUUUUAUCUGAUAAAGAUUUAGAAAAUCAUCCUGCUUACUUAUCUUAACACUUGAAAAAUACUCAUUUAGUAACUGAUUUAAAAAAGUCUGUCUAAACCCUUUUUGGUUUAAAUGAUGAUUUGUUUGAAAUAUGUUAUGUAACAUAUAUUUAAAAAACCGAAUGUCCUAAUGAAUAAUAUAAAACUGGUUAAGCUUUAUCUAAGUUUUUAAUCGAGAAAAAAUUUAAAGAUCUAAAUCUUGUGUUUUCAGAAAACUUUUCUUCUACAUUCUUCCCUGAAUUUUUUUAUGGAUUAACAAUGCAUAAUUGGAAAAACGAGUUAAAAUCAUAUCCUGAAGAUGAAGAAAAUAACAACUUUAAGCCUUUUUAGAAAAUACAUGUUUUCUCUCCUAAUUUUUCUCACGAUGAUUAAUAAUUUUAAAGUUUAUAAAAAAUCGCCUUAUGUAAUAUUUAAGGAAGAAACUUAUUAUUUACUAGAGCAAAUAUAGCUACACCUGAAUACAUGUUAAAUUGGUGCCAAAAUCUAGUCUAAUAACACAAAGAUAAAAUGUAAAUUGAAUACAUAAAAGGUUAAGAUUUAGAAAAAAAAGGUUUAAAUUUAAUUUGGAACGUAGGUAAAGGUUCCGCUAAUACUCCGAAUCUCACAACAGUAUGCUAUUGGGGAAAUCCAGAAAAUAAAAACGAUGUAUAUGGUUUAGUAGGAAAGGGAGUAUGCUUUGAUUCCGGUGGUUUAAGUCUAAAAUAAUAAUUAAUGGAAAAAAUGUAUUAAGAUAAAGGAGGUGCCUGUACUGCUUUAGCGGUUUUAAAUGCUGUUGUAAAUUUGAAUUUGAAAAUAAAUAUUGUUUGUACACUUGGUUUUGUUGAAAAUUUCAUUUCCUCAAAUUGCUAUAGAAACUCAGAUAUUAUUACUAGUUAUAAAGGAAUUACAGUCGAAGUUUUAAAUACUGAUGCCGAAGGAAGACUCGUAUUAGCAGAUUGCUUGGCUUAUUAAUAGGAUGUCUAUAAACCACAUACUAUAUUUGAUUUUGCUACACUAACAGGUGCCUGUAUUGUAGCUUUAGGAGGAAGUGCUUGUGGUUUAUUUUCCACAGAUGAUGAUUUAGCUAACGAAUUACAUUAAUUAUCUAAAUAGAGUCAUUAGUUGUUUUGGAGAUUACCUCUUGAUUAAUUUCCUAGAGAAAACACACUUAAUCCUACUGCAGAUAUUUAGAAUUUAGGAAAGGUGGGAUAUGCUGGAUCAGGAACAGCAGCUGCAUUUUUGGAAAAGUUCGUUGAGAAAAAUGUUAAAUGGGCACAUAUUGAUAUUGCUGGAACUGUUCUUUUUGGUAAUGAUGUUUACGGAGUUCGAACUAUUUUAGAGUAUUAUAAGAAAAGAAUUUGAAAAAGAUAAAAUAUUAUUAAUUAUUAUUUUUAAUAAAAAAAAUAUUUUUUUGUUUUAUUUUUUUUUUUAAAAAAAAAGAAAUGAAUAUUGUAAUUUUUAAUUUUUUUU